AAACUAUAUUUGUAAUAUAGUACCAAAUAUUUCUUCAUCUUUACGAAUUAUUUUUGCUGUUGCAUUUCUAAAACUCUUUUUAACUAUCAAAGUUGCUUUCCUACUGUUAAACAAAGGAAAUGUUUAAACUAUACAUAGGGAAUUUACCGCCCAACAUUAGCGAUAGCAACCUGAGCGGUUUGUUCAAGGAGCAUGGAGUAGAGACAAGCCAUAUAUUGCUAAAGUCCAACUACGCUUUUGUUGAUUGUCCCGAUCAGAUUAACGUCGAUAAAGCUAUUGACAAGCUCAACGGUUUUAACCUGAAAGGAUUUCCUAUGUUAGUUGAACCCUCAGUUUCUAAACGAAGUCGGCGCACAAAUAAGGUCCAGAUUAGAAAUGUUCCUCAACAUGUAACCAAAGAAGAAUUUGACCAUUUUUUAUCUUCUUUAGAGCAAGUUCAAAGACUUGAUCACGUUAGUAAUGGUGUUGUGUAUGUAACUUACAACAAUCCAGAUCAAGCUCAGCAAGUUAUUUCACAAUUAAAUGGUUAUGAUUUCCAAGGCUCAAUUUUAAAGGCUGAUUUUGCAAGCAGCAGAGCAAGAAAUAACCAGUCUAAUUCUAAUAACGGCUCAGGGAUGGUGUGUGGUCAAGAUUUACCUCUUAGAGUUCUAGUUGGUAGAGAAUAUGUCGGUGCUAUCAUUGGCAAACAAGGUCAAACUAUAAAACAGAUUACAUCUCAGAGCAAUGCUCGAAUAGAUGUACAUCGGCCUCCUGAUAAUUCUGCUUCAGAGACGUUGGUAACAAUCAAAGGCAGCUCGAGCAGUUGCACCACAGCAUGCAGGGAAUUAAUGAAAGUUAUACUGCAAGAAGCAACUUCGUUAAAUCGAACACACUCAUUACGAAUAUUAUGUCCAAAUAGUCUUUGUGGUCGUAUGAUUGGUAAGCAUGGUAGUGUCAUUAAAAGUAUCAUGCAAGACUCAAAUUCUCACAUUACGGUAUCCAGUAUCAAUGAUGCAAAUGUGAAUAAUCAUUUCAUUGACCGUGUAAUUACAAUAAGUGCUUCACCGGAUGCUAUGUCCAAAGCUGAAAAGAUGAUAUCAGAAAGGAUGAGAAAAUUUUAUGCUCAAGAUUCUCAACAAAUGGCUUAUCAGCCCCCAAUGACUCUUGGAUUACCUGCAUUUGCUAUGAUGCCUGGAAUAAACAGUUUCCCCACUUUAAGGCCUCCAUAUCCUCCUUAUGUGCAAGGAAAUAAUUGGUAUCCUGGUUUCUGUGGUCUUCUUCCUAAUCCACAACCUCCACAGCAACAUCAAGAAGAAGUGACCUACCUCUAUAUACCUAAAAAGGCUGUUGGUUCUAUUAUUGGAAGUAAAGGCAUCAACAUUCAGACAAUCAAAAGAGAUUCAAGUGCUCGAAUCAAAAUAUUACCAAAUAAUAAAGGUGAAGGUGAUGAAAAAAAAGGUUCCUCUUCAAAUAUGGAUGAAAGGAAAGCUAUAAUUGUUGGUGAUUUAGAUGCUCAAUGGAAAGCUCAGUUUUAUCUUUUUGAGAAAGUUAAAGACGAUGGAGCUUUUGGUAAAGAAGAAGUGAAGUUGCGUUCUGAAAUAAUGGUUCCUCGCAGCAUUAUUGGCAGAAUUAUUGGCCGUGGUGGACAGAAUCUUCAAGAAUUGAGAAGAGUUAGUCGUGCCAUUGUGAAAUUGCCUGAUGACUUCACUGAAGAUGAUGUCCCUGUUACAAUCAUUGGAAAUUUUUAUUCUCUUCAGUCUGCCCAGCGACGAAUCAGAGAUCUCAUGGUAUCGGCUCUUCACAAUGCAGGCCCUCCACAAAUACAACACCAACAACAGCAACCACCAUUGAUGCCACUUCCCCAACCUCCCGUUUCCUAUCAUCAAAACAGGACAGUUAAAACCAGUAGGGAACAAGAAGUCAACUAAUUGUACAUAAUUAACAUCUCCCAACCCUGAUCUGUUGUUAAUCAAGUUAUCAGGUUCUGAUGACAUGCCAAAGAUGUCAAUCUAUUCAUUUUUAAGGAUGUAAGUUGUGUAGAUAAAACUUUUAAUUUAACUUUCUAGGACUAACACUGACUGGAUUUCUUAUUACAUGAAGUAAAUAGGUAAAACUUUUGGUUUCUUUUUAUCCUCUUUCAUUUUUAUAUAAUUUCUUGUGUUUCUUUAACUUCAUGUAAUUAUCUACUUCAAGAUUUUACUUCUGUUUGAGAGACAGACACAAAAGUAGUUUCUGUCAAAUCGGGUUGUAUAAAGAAAGGUGGGGGUGGGGACAAAAUGAUGGACAGUUACUAUUGUUUGUAUCUCUAUCAGUUUCACUGAAAGCAGUAAUAAUCUGUGUGUAAAGUAGGCAGUUGAGGUUGGUUGUUGUUGCUGUAAUUAUUGAUGAGGACUGUCCACUAUUCUCUAUUGAUAGCUGAUAGUUGUUCAAUACAGUGGGUAGGAGCUGUUAGCCUCUGUCCAUUUUGGACAUUUUGACUUUUCCUUUUUUUUUUAAAUGAAGCAUCAAAAGGACACACAACUAAUUGUUGAAACUCUACAAACUGGUUUAUUUUUAUUUAUUUAUUCUUAUAUGUCUAUGAUAAUCAUGAGCUAUUUUGUUGGAAGUGGAGUCAUUUUGAAAUAUAGGUAUUCAGUUGAACAAAUUUUAACCUGAGACCAUUGUUGAAUGUUGAACCUUGUCCGGCUCCUUUUUUUCUAAGGAAGUACAAAGUUUAUUUUUGAUACUUGUUGAGGUGCUUUAGAAUUUUUAGAUGAUCUACAUCUGACCACCACCAAACAUAAUUGUUUGUGUUUGGGCUAAAACAGCUCUGUGUAACUUUUUUUUUUUGUUAUAAAAUAAUAAAAAAAAAAUAAUAAAAAUGAAAAAAAUUACUAAAAUUUAUAUUUCAGGUGAUUCUUUUUUUUUUUUUUUUUCUCCUUGCCAACCCCCCACAAACAAUUUGAACAACUUGUCAAUGAUAUUAGAAUGGAAACUAUUUUUGUUCUUUAACUCUGCAACUAAUGUUCACAGUUUAUGACAUGUAACCUUAGUAGCUCUGAGAUUUUCAGAGUUUCACUGAUACAUUUUAUUCUUGUAUUUAUUGAAUUAGCAAAGGAUUUCUGAAACUGUAAAAUCAAAUACUUUUCUUUUCACCACACACACUUUUUGUUAUUUUACUUGACUCAAUUUAGAAAUGUUUUGCUUUUCUUUUCUUAACUUUUUUGAAGAAAAGAAAUUUCUUGGUUUAUUAACUUAACGUUAGCAUGUGUUCACUGUUUGCAAUCAAUUUUAGACUUAGCACUUAAUUUAGGAAAUAGAGUAAUAUUGCCUUUAAUUAUGUGCCUUUGUUAGAUAUUUUUUUCUGAUAUCUCUUUCAAACUCUAAAAAAAAAGUAAAAAAAAUUAAAAAAAAGGAUAACUCUAGGCAAAAACCAGCAAUGUUUUACAUAUAAUUUGGAAUUUUUUGCUCUAAUUUCUUAAGAUUUUGAUUUUGAUAGUGCUGGAUUUUGGCACAUUUAGUGUGUGUGUGUUGCUUAUAACCACUGAGGCUUCAGAUAGUAUGUUCAGUUUUAUUCUCUUAGAUUUAUUUUUGCACUUUUUAUGAGUUGUAAUAAUAACCUUCUUACCAAUCCAUUUACAAUCUAAAGCCUUUUAUAUUUCUUAUUGGUGGUGACAAAAUGAAGGUUGUAACAACCUGUUCAUUUUUGAGCUACAUAAUUAGAGAAAUGUGAUAUUUUUUAGAUGGAACUAUAUUCAGAUUUUCAAUUGAACAACAAUCUUCUUGACUGAACACUCUAGUUGUUAAGUUCCCACCUAUCCCAGAAUUUGCAAGAUGAGCUGCAAACUCAUUACAUAUUUCAUGUGUACUCUCUGUCAGUGUACUUUCAAUGCAUUCAACCUAGACACCACACACUGCUUGUUCUAAAUUUUAUUUCAUCAAUUAUAAUUCUUUCUGAAUAUUGUAAUUAAGUGCAGUAAUUGCAAAUAUGCAUUUCAAAUAUUUAGUGAAAGUUUGAUUGAUCAGAAUCUUAAGAUAUAAUAACAGUAUGUGCUAUUUUGAGACUGGAAUAUCCCUGUGGGGAAAGAUUAAAAUAAAAAAUGCUAUCUGCUUUAAUACUAUGUCUGGGUAAUUGUCUUGACUAUUAGCAGUUUAUUACACUGAAGGAAGGAAGGAAGGACAAGUUAGUGGGUUUUCAGUUAAGUCAAUCUGUUUCCCUUUCAUCACUGGUUUGCCUGCAUAACUUUCUUUCCUGUUGUUAGUUUAUGAGUGAAUGAGUGAGAAUAUGCAUGUCUAUGUAAUGUAAGAUCUUUUAAGCCAAAGACAAACACCAUCUGAAAGAAAUGAAUUUUGUAAAGAAAAAGGCUCUUUUUUUUUCUUUUUUUUUUUUUUUACUUCUCUAGCAAAGAAAUAAAUUAUUAUUCAAUCUCAC